UGCCUCGCUAAAGUGUCGGGGCCAGUGGUGGUGGAGUGCGGCGACAUUUUUGCUUUAAAUUGUAAACAUUAAUUUUGCCGAUGUCGUUAAUUCUUAACUCUUAACUCUUAAUUCUUUAAAGUCUUUCUCCGACAUUUUUGGCAUGUCUCGACAGUAGAUUUAGAUUUAGAUUACUCAUUAUCGAUAGUGGAGUGCAUAACUGAUAGUUAACAUAUAUAAGUUAAAGUCAUAACAAUGGCUAAGAAUAUCUUAUCAAUACUGUCACAUGUAGUACAUGGAUACGUAGGUAAUAGAGCCACUGUAUUUCCCUUACAAUAUUAUGGUUGGGAUGUUGAUGCUGUCAAUACUACCAAUUUUUCAAAUCAUCCAGGUUAUGGAACCUUUGAGGGGAAACCCAGUACAGCCGAAUUGGUAGGAGAUAUUUUCCAAGGUUUAAAAGAUAUUCUUGAUUUACAUGAUAAUUACGAUAUGAUCUUAACUGGGUAUACACCAGGAGAUCAAGUAUUGGAAGUUAUUUAUGAACAAGUCUUAUCUAUAUUUAAAUCUGAUAAAGAUAAUGACAGUGAUAGUUUAACAUCAAGUAAAAAGAAACCAAUUUGGAUAGUAGAUCCAGUAUUGGGAGAUAAUGGCCGAUUAUAUGUACUGGAAAAGGUAAUUCCUGUUUAUAAAAAGAUCUUUUCAUCAGGGUAUGUGGGCUUAACUUCACCCAAUCAAUUUGAAUUUGAAAUUCUUAGUGAUACUAAAAUAUCUGAUUGGAAUUCAGUUAAACAAGGAUUAGAGAAUUUUUACAAAUUAUAUAGAGUUCCUAAUGUCGUUAUUUCAUCUGUAAUAGUGGAAGAUAAAAUGUAUUCGGUAGGAUACUCACGUCCUAAUCCAGAAGAUAAGGCCACUGUAUUUUAUUUCCCAAUUGAUCAAAUCUCAUGUAACUUCAAUGGCUGUGGAGAUUUAUUUACUGCCUUAUUGGCUAAUUCAUUUUAUGAGAAUGGAUGUAAAUUAAAUCCAGUGGCUUUAGGAGAAGUAGUAGUCAAAUUGAAUUUAAUCUUACAACAUAGUUAUGAACAAGAACAACAAGUAACGGGACAAGACAUUAUUAAAGUAGUUAAAGAUAUUAGAAUUAUAUCCCUGAGACAUUACUUGUUACAGGAUAAAACCCAUGAUCCACUUAUAGCCAAAGUGGCCUAUCUCUAGUACACAUCCACCAUACUGUAUAACCGCGUAAUACAUAAUAGAUAGAUAAUAAAUAGAUAAUAAAUACUAAAUAGAUAAUAGAUAACAAAUUAUAAUAUAUGUAUAGAUUAUUGCAACCAUUAAUAGUGCAAGUGACCCAUGCGCACGACCUCCUUCACGCACUCAAUCAUUUGUGUUAUCGCCACAGAAGCCAGUCAUUAAAAACUAAAAUGCGUUGGGAACGGAGAUAAG